AUGAAACGUUCUUUGCUCUUGGCUCUCUGGAGCGCAGGCGCUCUGGGCAGUCCUUGCAAGCCCGCGAGAGAUCUUUCCGGCAAUAGUUACUACCCUCCCCCUCCACCAAACAAUUAUGCUCCUCCUCCUUCCAAUGAUUAUGAUCUUCCUUCUUCAGAGGCUGCAACUUUGAUCGCUUCUACAGAACCGGGUGCUGUUGAGACACAUGGCUCCGGCUCCGGUUCCGGCUCUGGCUCCGGGGAAGGGUCUGGUUCCGGUGAUGAUGAGGAAGGCCCAGUGCCUACCUUCACACAAGGUUCAGGUACUCAGACCACUGGCCUUCCCCAAAGCGAUGUGACCGCCGAUCCUGUCUCUCCUGAUGAGACUACCAGAGUACCAGAGGCUAGUCAAGCUUCUGAUGCUGACGGUGUCGGUGUCUCUGGAUCACCCACUGGCGCCGAUGGUGUCGCUACCGACUCACCUAGUCAGCCUGACGAUGGCGACAACGGUAGCGGCUCCGGCCCCGGCAACGGCAGUAAUGGAUCUCCUUCUUCAGAUGGAUCCAGCUUGGCUGAUGGUGUCGCUGCCACCCGAACCGGUACCGAGGCCGGUAGUGACGCCAUUGCGCUCCCUCAGACUGGCGAUGCUACUGAGGGUGCUGGUGGUGAUGCCACUGCUCCUGGUGUUGGCGGUGACGCUACCCAGACUCCCGGCACUGGCUCGGGCUCUGGCAACGGCAAUGACAAUGGUGAUGCUACUCAGCUCCCCGAGACUGGUGCCAAUGGUCAGCCUACCGGUGAUGCCGGCAAUGGCAGUGGCAACGGUAACGGUGGAUCUCCUUCCUCUGAUGGCUCCAGCCUCGCUGAUGGUGUCGCUGCUACUCAGACCGGCACUGACGUCCCUGGUGAAACACCUGGCUCCGGCUCUGGUGACAACAAUGGCGAUGGAAACGGCGGCAACGGCAGCAACCAGACUACUGUCGAUGGCGCCGUUCCCACCCAAGGCACUCCAGGCAGUGGUGACUCUACCGACUCUCCUGUAGAGACACCCGGCUCUGAAGACAACGGAAACGGCAGUGGUAAUGGCAACGGCAGCGGCGAGACCACCGUUGAUGGUGCCGUUCCUACCGGUGCUGUUCCCGGAAACGGUGACUCCACCGACUCCCCCGAUGUCACCCAGGGACAGCCUGAUGCUACUACUGCUGGCUCUGGUGAGACUGGCUCUCCAGACUCACCCGACCAGACCAACGUUCCUGGAGGUCAAGAGACCUCUGCUGGCGCUCCUGGCCCCGAUGAUGGUUCCUCUCCUGUCACCACCGGUGCUGUAAGUGACAACACUGAAGCUCCCGGUGCCGGCAAUGGUGACGGAUCUGAGACUACUGGUGCCGUACCUGAGCAAUCUGAUGUCCCCAGUAACGGUGAUCAGACUACUCAGGCUCCUGGUGGCGACUCGCCUGAGACCACCGGUGCUCCUGGUCAGCCUGAGCCUGUCUCUUCUGAUGAGAACGGUGUUCCUACUGGUGCUCCCACAAACCCUGAUGAGACCACUGCUGGCUCGCCUGGUAGCGGUGCUGAUGAAACCACUGUCGCUGUUCCAGACAACACCGCGCCUGCGGACUCUGAGACCACUGCUGGGGCUCCUGGCAACCCUGAUGAGACUACCGCCGGCUCUCCCGACAAUGAUGCCGACGAGACUACGGCUCCAGGCCCUGACAACACUCCUCCCGUCGAGAAUGAGACUUCUGUCAACGGAGACCAACCUUCUGAGACUGAUGAUGCUCCUCCUGCCACUACCGAGCCUGCCGAAGACAACAACGGCCCUUCUACCGUUGAAGCUGUUCCCACCACCGACGCUGGUAAUGACGCUCCUGUUACCACUGCGCCCGUUGAUGGUCCAGGUGUCACUCUGAACCCUGCUCCUGUUACUACUACCGCCGCUCCUGGCACUGGCGGUGGUAAUGGUGAUGACGGCGAUGAUGACGGUGGAGACAACGGUGGUGGUGGUAACAAUGAGGACGACGACGACAAUGACGAUAAUGAUGACAAUGGUGGAGGCGGCGGCGGCAACAAUGAUGAUGAUGAUGACGACGACGAUGACAAUGGUGGUGGUGGUAUCAUCGGCGGUGGAGGUAACGGUCCAGGUGGCAGCGGCGGUGGCAGCAGUGGCGGUGGUAACAAUGGCGACAACAAUGACAACGAGGAUGAGGAUGAAGAUGAUGACGACGAGCCUACUUCUACCGCCACAUCUUGUACCGAGACCGCCACCGUUACCGACUGCUUCGUCGCCUGCACUACCUACACCGGCCCAGCUGGCGCCACAAUCACCCCCGAAUGCUCUACAACCUGCACAGCUACCCACACCGGCUGCAGCGUUACUGGAACCACCACCACCUCAUCAGCCGCUGCCUGUGGGCCUUCGGACGAGAGCUGUUCGACGUGUAAGCGCAAGCUAGUGUCCGAAGCCGAUCCCGAGAUUCUUGAGCGACGAGCUAUCGGUCUUGAGAAACGAGGUCCCAGAAAGGCUCCUCCUAACGUGGGUGGCUGUAAGUUGGCUGUCAUGCCCGAGUUCCCCGAGUAUCCAGGUGGAGCUACUGUCUUGAAGAACGAGGGUGACAUUCUCCCCAAGAACUCCCCUCUUCAAGCCAUUAAGAGGUGGUGGCUCACUACCAUCGACGCUCAGUGCCUACCUCUUCUGCGGGGUAACCUAGACGCUGCGACAUACCUUGCCGAUUUCUCUGGUGAUAUCCAGAAGGGGAGCGAUAGACCUUCUAUUGAUCAUGUCUACGAGAAGAGUAUGCUGUUGGACUUCUUCAGGGCGAUCAUCGACAAGAACGCCCCUGCUGUCAAGGGUGCUACCACCGGUGGCUCUCGCAACAAGAUCAAUUGUCAGGAUAUGGAGUACUACGGCGGUGCUGGCCAGAACAGCAAAAAUAACCUUCUCCAGAAGGUCUUUGAUGCUUAUCCUGGAUCCGUGGAGAAUACUGCUGAUAAAGUUAUGGUCACCGAUGCCAUGUAUCUGGAUGACUUUAUCGGUAUGGAUCAAUGGACGAACGGCGAUGCAAAGGGUUUCGUCGCCUCUCCUACUGUGGUCAGGGAUCAGGCCAAUUCGUGGACUAACAAGAACAAGGAUGUCAAGGCUUCCACCCAGGACACGACAGCUUAUGACAGAAUCGAGAAGAAGCUUGACCUACUCGAGAGGAUGGCCAUUGGUAUUGAGAUGUUCAGCGCUCCAGAGGCCAUCGAAGCCAUGGUCCGACAGAACACACGAAUCUACGCACGACUAAAGGACAUCGACGACGACGCCAAGGGCUGCAAGAACGAUGCCGCAGUCAAGAACAACCUCUGGUCCUUCGCCGACCGGUACAAGACCUUCAUGCAGACCCGCUUCAAGGGAACUGACGCCUGGUCGCUGAACAACGAGGUUGUAAAUGCGAAGACGAAGCUUCUCGCCAAGUUGAAGACGGACUUGGCUGCUGCUGCCAAGAUCAAGGGCCAGGAUCCCGCGGUUUGGAAAACGGAUCUCGCUAGUUUCAACAGACGCUUCAACAACAUGAACUCUGCUACUCGCUCUUGGGAGAUUCCUGAGCCAGCUUGGGAUUGGUCGUAUGUUCAGAAGCGAGAUGGAAGCUCGGGUCUUUCGUGUGAUCGUCCUCUUGAUUCGGAGACUACUACGUCUGCGGAGUCUACUACCUUUGCGACAUCUACCAGGGCUACUUCUGACGAUGAGGAUAAGGUUACUACUACCACUCAAGCUCCCAUCAAACUGACGGAUCUUCCUACUCUUACCAACGCCCCUGCUCUGUCUAUCUCAACACCUGAUGGCAGCUCUUGUGCUUCUACCGCGACAUACACCCAAUGUAAUCUCGGUACAGGCCAGCACGGUGACGCCUGCGUAACCAACUCAGAAUGCGCCUCAUGGGUAAACACCAAAACAACCAGCACAACACCCAGCCCCACCCCAACGCUAGACUCCCCCGACGCAAGCCAGAACAUCAAGCACUGCUACGGCUCAGGACAAAAGUCCAACUACGAAGCCAUCACCUACGCCGCCGAGUCUUUCUGUCGGGACGUGGUGAGCAAGAACAAGGAUAACGGAUACUAUUGGAGUAACGACAAGCUCGAAGGUAAAAAGACGCCUUCCACUGGAUAUCACUUUAAGUUGCUGUUCUCGGUGAAUGAAGGAUGUUUGUGGAAGGCGGAUUAUGAUGAGUGUAUGCGGUAUAUGAAGGUGCCGAUUGAUUCUUGUAAUUGUUCGGCCAAGGGAGGGAAGCAGGGUGGUUGGGUUGAGAAUAAUUGUAUUACGGCUAAGAUUGAUCCUAAUAGCGGUAUCUAG